AAAAAUCACGUGAAUUAUAAUAAAAAUGUUAUGAUAUAAAAUUGUUAUAAACAAGUCAUGUUUGGUGCGUUUGUGUGAUCGACAACGGGAAUGGCGGGCACAAUGAGUCCGCCGCAGAAUUGGCACAAAUGGCUAGUGUUGUCACUGUUCGGAUUGGCUUUGUCCGCUCGCACAAUUGGCUGCGAUUACGGCUCCAUCACCGAGAAAUUUGGAGCGGAAGCUGUGGCUCGAUGCAAUGAAAAAUGCCCUUUCCAGAACCGAACUGGCGACGGACAUUUUGACGUCAGUUGCGGAUCCGAUUGCAGUGUCCAACAAUGCAGACUCGGGUGUAAUCUUUGGCUAGAAGGACUGGAAAAUUCUUGUCAAACUGUUUGCAAUGUAACAUCAGAAACUGUUAUCUCAAGAGAGUUGUACUGCGUAAUGGGAUGCAAUGAGGCGCUGAACACAUAUUUGCAAAAAGUUCGAGAUCUACUGGGCACGCCACCCGCACCUGCGUUAGUAGCGGAUAGCCUAACAGCCACGUCUCUCUCCCUCGUCUGGGAUGCACCGAAUCUUGGAAAUCUCAGCUACCUCUUGCAAUGGCGCUACGAAGAACUCCCUGGCAGCUGGCAGUACUAUUCUAAUUCCAGCCAUUCUGACAAGUCAAUAAUUCACGUGGAAAACUUGAGACCAUAUACAAAAUAUAGAUUUCGAGUGGCAAUAUUUCUUUCGGGGCACAACGGCGAACCGGUGUACUCGACACCUUCCGUAGUGAUAUCUACUCUGGAGAGCGGCGAGCCUAGCUCGGCACCUACAGCGCUUCGAGCGGCGGCGCCGGACCCUAGCCGUGUCGCUAUAUCAUGGGAACCAGGACCCUUCCCAAACGGACCACUUAUUUCGUACGUGCUUCGACUAGCGGACACACAGCCUAACACUAAUGAUGCGUUGGAGGAUAUGCCGGCAUCAAACAAUACGCUGUUCUAUAUGUUCCAAAACUUGGCACCAGCACGGGAAUACGAAGUGUCAGUUGCAAUGCGAAAUGCAGUCGGAGAGGGCCCUAGAGCCUACGUUAGAAUAAAAACACCACCCUCACCUACAUCCGUUCCGAGUCAGCAGCCUAUAUUAAUUUUAGGAGGCGAACAUAAUAUUCUUGCUGCGCCAGCAAACGAUAUGUUAUCUGACCCGGUGGAACUUUAUAAUACUGAACAUAAUAUUACUGGUGUUGGUAUCGACUUUUCCAGCGAUUCUUUGUUUGUAUCUGUUUCAAACGGAUACGUAUAUCGAAGCUCCUUAACAAAAAAGAGCUCCUCUAAAGCUAUUCUUACUCCAGAAUAUAUAUCGUACAAACCGUUGGAUUUGUCCGUGGAUUGGCUUAAUAAGCAUUUAUAUGUACUCGGCGAAGUUUACUACACUAAAGAAGGUUCUAGUUGGUCAAAUACCAGUUUCUAUUCAAGUUGGGAAAUAUUGCGAUGUGACUUCGAUGGAAAAAAUAAAAUUGUUGCCUUGUCAGGAUUCAAUUCGCGUCCCAUACAUUUUGAGGUUGAUGCUUACAACGGGUAUCUAUUUUGGGCAUUGCGAGGAGUUGAACGUGGUGGUUUGUACAGAUUAGAUCUAGCAAAUAUUUCAAACGGUGUUCGACAUGAUGCUCCACCAGAACAAAUUGUGAGAGAUGCUCACCUAGGAGCCUUUACAGUAGAUCAUGCUGACUUCAGACUUCUUGUCGCACAUCUCAGGCAGAAUACAGUGCUCGCAGUUUCUCUUGAUGGACGAGAAGUAACGGACUUUCGAAGUAAGACGCAGACACCAAUGUUUCUUUCAGCACGUUCUAUAGCUUAUGCUAAUGGUCUUUUUUAUUGGACGAAUGGACGUGAGAUGCUAACAGAAGAAUACCACGAGAAAAGCGACAGUUACUUCCAUAAUGAAUACCCGUUAGCAUAUAACACAAAGACAAUCGCAACCAGACAAGUAUUAGUUGCUUUAAGAAGUUGUCAGCCUAUACCAGUUCCUGUAAAUCCCCCUUUAGGGGUUCAAAGUAUUAUGGGAAUUCACCGAGCAAAGGUAUCGUGGUCUCCCCCACAUCUUUUAGGACAUCAGGGAACCGGUGCCUGGCAGCAAUGGACAUUUCAAUUACAAGUAACAGAAGCAACAAAUGGGUAUAGUAUAACAAUCGAAAACAUAACGGAGUCAAUGUACGUCGUUGAAAGUAUGCUACCAGACACGGAAUAUGUAUUUCGGGUAGCGGCAGUUACCGAAUCGGGAUCAGGGCCAUGGUCUUCUGAAUUUAUUGGAAAAACAUUAACUUUCUCGCCUACUACUUCUCAAAGUACUUUGUUGUGGUCUGGUCCCGGUGGUCUCUUGCAAACUGACCUAACUGGGGAUAACUUGCAGACUCUGAUUCACAGAGCCUUCCUUAAAACUGUGUAUAUUACUGACAUCUCUUGGUACCGAGACAAACUGUAUUUGGUCACUAACGCUUCCACUGUAAUGUGGUAUAAUACUACGAGCCAUGAAAUGGGUUUAAUGCCCAAUAUGGAUAAUGUUGGCAGCUUAGCUGUAGACUGGGUUGGAAAAAAAAUCUAUUGGUCAAAUCCUAAACAACAAUUGAUAACCAGAGGAAAUUUUGACGGUGGAAAUCGUGAACCAGUUCCAAUAGUUACAGUAGCAAAAGAGCUUACUAUUGAUUCGCUAGAAGCAUACAUUUACUGGAACACUGGUCAUGCAGUAGAAGCUUCAAGACUUAAUGGAGAGAAUAAAAUUAUUUAUUAUCCCGCUCAAUUAUUUAGCGGUAAACAAGUGAUGGGACUUACAGCAGACCUGGAAAAUAAAUGGUUAUAUUGGUUAGUAAGGAGCUACGAUGGUUCUGAAUUGCAUCGAGCACCAACAGCGGACCAAAUAUCAGCUGGCAUUAACGAGGUAUCAGGAUCAUUAGUGACACGUUUAUCAGGAACGGCUACCCUUGGACCACUUUGCUACUUUAGUGGUAGGCUGGUCUGGGUGCAGGAUUCGUCGAGAGCGGUAGUAUCAGACUUGGCUGGAAAAUAUACUGCAGAAUUAAUACCCCGGGUUCACGUUAUUGCUGUGAGAGAUCCUACACUUCACAAAAAUAGUGAAUCUAUAAUCGCUAUACCAGAAACAAUUAACGCAACUUCAAUUGCGGUGGAAGGAGAAUGGGACAAGUUUAACGUGACAUGGGCGUCAGCAGCGCGUGUCAACCUGAACACUAGCAGAGUAUACUAUGAUGUCAGCUUGCACUUCCACGGACAGUAUAAAAUUGAGAGGACGGUGGAUGUAGCGUGGGUGGAAGUGACCUCGCGUUCCGUGGCGCCGUAUAGUAGUAUGGAAGUGACGGUGCGGGCUCACACUCAGUGGGGCGGCGGCUCCGUCGCACGUUCAGCUCUCAGAACACCACAGGCACCACCAGCCGCACCGCGAGCUCCCCGCGUCUAUAUACAACCUGCGCAUAGCGGCGGUCCACUUACUGCGACGUUCAGAUGGGAAGCGCCUAGUAGGAGUAAUGGCAUAGUGCGUGGAUACGAGGCCCAAUGCUGGGCGGUAGGCGGGGCACCCGUCAAACCUUCAGCAUGCGCUGAUGCUCGUCUCUCGCCGCUGCACACGCAACUCAUGUUAAGGGAUCUUGCACCAGCUUCAACUUACUUCUUCCAGGUUCGUGCAUUUACCGAUGCUGGAUAUGGGCAAUACUCUGAAAUUGUCUCCGCGUCGUCGGAUGAAAUAAAUCCAAUACCUAAAGUAAUAAUAUCUUCACAAGAAUCAAUUAAAAUAGUUGAUUUGGACUCUGGAGAAAGUGAACUUAUACCAAAGAGUACUGGAAUACCGAUCGAUUUUGUUGUUAAUAUCGAAGAAAAUGUUGCUUACUGGGCUAAUAAUUUAGAAGAAAUAUUCUCGUCUAGAAUCAAUGGCAGUGGGAACUAUAAAUUAACAUCCAUCAAUGGAACUGCUACCAGCAUUUGUGUGGAUUGGGUUAGCCGAUCAGUGUAUUGGACUCAACUAGAAAUAACAUCAACAGAGUCGUAUGUGAUGUAUCGAGCUGACUUAGGCAUCCCCAACACAAGACCACAUAUUACCAGAGUUUUAGCAAGGAAACAACCAAUUUACAGUUUGCAAAUUGCUCCAAAAUUGCGAUCUUUGUAUUGGUACGAAGAAAGUAAUCACAAAGGACUUGGGACAUUAAUGACAUCAAAUGUGAACGGAAACAACGUCAAAACAUUUUUUACAAUGCAUAAUUCUGAAGAUAAAUGCAACUGUCCUCAAAAUCCACAUGUAGCUAAAAGCUUCGUGAUUGAUAUGACGAAAAAAGAUAUCGAGCUUUAUUGGGUAGAUCCAUGGGCAAAUCAUAUUACAGCGUCCGAUAUGAACGGAUGUAUCUGUAAAGUAAUAGUUAACGCUACAGAAAAAAGGAAGUACGACUUUCCCCCAAUGGCAGUUACGAUAGAUAGCAAAUAUCUAUAUUGGUAUAACUCUACAGAAAAAAAUAUUUUUUAUACCAACAAAUUCAAGGGAAACAAAAUAGAACAGGUGAAGUCUUCUAUUGGGUACAAGAUUAUGGCUCUAGAUCCAGGAAAUCAACCUUACCCUCCCAGACAAUGUUUAUUUCCAAGUUCACGAAAACUGGUGCCACAUGUUAUGUCUCAUUCGGCGAACAGCAUUACAUUAAAAUUUCCACCAGUAAGCAAACCAGUUAAAUGUGAAAAACUGCAAUAUGAAAUGGCUGCCACUGAAUAUACCGUUUACUAUCGUAUACAUGUGAAAAAUGAUUCAAGUAUUUGUGAUAAGGAAUCAUGUCAGUACAUUACAUCUACUAACGAUAUAGUCGCAAUGAAAGAAUUAAAAUCUUUUACAAACUAUACUGUAAUGAUUGAAGCAACUAACUACUACGCCAAACUGCAUGAGAUGAAACCGCUUCUCGGCGAACCUUUAAUAAUACAAACAGCGGCAGAAGCUCCCACUGCUCCUAAGGAUGUAACUGUUAUCGUAUUGAGCCCAGUACGGGCACAAGUUGAAUGGACCCCAGACCCUAGUCUUUAUUAUGAACUGCAUUGGAGCACAGACGACUCAUUGUCAGUACCACGAAACAUAAAAGAGCAUAACACAUACGUAGUAGCAGGGCGCACGGGGAACAUGUCACGGCUGUCCCCGGCCACAGCAUACACGGUAUGGGUACGUGCGCGCUCGCGACACAGCUCAGUCGCAGCUGACUCGGCGCCGUUGCGGUUGCGGACGUAUCCGCCUCCUGCGCCACUCGCGCUGCGCAAUGCUACUGCAUACACCCUCACCGUCAUCUGGCCGCCUCCUACCUCUUACAAGAUUCACUCGUACGCAGUGGAAUACACAGAACACUCUAGUGAGCUGGAACAAUGGAUAGCCUGCGAACAAAGCGACAAUGCAGAGUGGCUUGCGAGUGCCCUGCAACCGGCCACGCGGUAUCGCUUUCGCUUGCAUCUGCAAUACGUCGAGCACGCAGAGCCGUACUAUUGGCCGGUUGACGACCAAUUUACCUAUCUGACAUUAGGUGACGUGCCAGGUGCGCCGGGUGCGUUGCAUGUGGAAGCAGUUGGCGAGCGGAUGAUGCGCGCCCGGUGGACGGAGCCCGAGGCCCGAGGCGCGCAAAUACAAGAAUAUCGGAUCUGGGGCCGACCGCAUCACAGGAUAAACUAUGUGGACGAAAAUAUGACCAAGAAUAUAAGUGAAAUGUUACCAGACAACCUGCCUAGUGACAUAGACGACGAAAUGAAACUGCGCAUCGUUCGCGAGGGACUUGAACUACUUUAUAGUGGGAACGAGACGUACUGGCUGAUAAGUUCGGGCGCGGUGUCUGAAGGCUACGUGGCGCGCGUGCAGGCUCGCAACAGAUACGGCUGGGGCGCGUUGUCUGCGGCCGGCGUGCUACACGCGCCCGCACUUGCCGCUACCCCGCACCCCGCCGCCCUGGCCGUCACCGUGGCGGCAUUGGCCAUGCUUGUGCUCGGCGUGGCCGCAGCUGUCUUUUAUACAUAUAACAAUCGGAGUAAAAAGAAAGCGGCCAUUGAAAGUCAAUUGACCGCUAACAUUGUACGACGCGGACCCGAUGUUGAGCUGGCCACUCUGCGACAACUGCCAAUUCGACACUCAACUAAUAUUUUAUACAAUCAGGGUGUACACUGUCCGUCAGACGCAGAACUGGCCAGUUUGCCUCACAUUCGUAGAGAACAAAUCACGCUCACCAAAUUCCUUGGCUCCGGCGCUUUUGGCGAAGUGUUUGAAGGCGUAGCGCGGCAGAUCAAUAAUAGCAAUACUGACACCAAAGUUGCAGUCAAGACAUUACGCAAAGGAGCAACAGAGCAAGAAAAGACUGAGUUUCUAAAGGAAGCGGCGCUGAUGUCUAACUUCAAACACGAGCAUAUACUGCGGCUGCUCGGGGUCUGCCUCGACAAUGACCCCAACUACAUCAUCAUGGAAUUGAUGGAAGGAGGCGAUUUACUUAGCUAUUUGCGCGCGAAACGAGCUUCAUUGUACACUCCAGAAUCCCUGACUCUGCUAGACUUGCUGAACAUGUGCGUCGACGUUACUAAAGGAUGCCGAUAUCUGGAAGAAAUGCAUUUCGUUCAUCGUGACUUAGCGUGCCGAAACUGCCUCGUGGCGCACCGGGCAAACGGACGCGUUGUCAAGAUUGGCGACUUCGGCCUCGCGAGAGAUAUCUAUAAAAACGACUAUUACAGAAAGGAAGGCGAAGGUUUGCUGCCAGUGCGCUGGAUGGCAGUAGAAUGCCUUGUAGACGGAGUAUUUUCUUGCCAGUCUGACGUUUGGGCCUGGGGCGUCCUUUGUUGGGAGGUGCUGUCUCUGGGCCAGCAGCCGUACCCUGCACGCACAAACCGACAAGUGUUAUCGCUAGUGAGAGCUGGUGGGACGCCCGACCGACCACCCAAUUGCCCUUCCGCCUUCUAUGAACUUCUACAAAAGUGCUGGAGUUACUCCGCCGAAGCGCGGCCGUCCUUCAGGCACUGUCUCGAGGUGGUGACGACGCUUCGUGAUAAGACUUCGCCGAACAUAACCCUCACAGCCACGGCGGAGCCUGCGCCGCACUAUCUCACUCUACUAGGAGAUGACGCCGUCGACAACCGCACCUACCUGCUGGACGAGAAUGACAACACGUUGGAUGAAGACUUUCCAGAAAAUGAAAUGGAGCCGUCACAUUUGUUGCCGCAACGGACCCCGAAGUAUUUGGAACUCAUGUACGACAGCGACUCCCCAGCGAACACUGUCUGCGAUGGCUAUGAAAUACCACGGACUCCAUUCUCUUACGCCCCGUUUUCGAGGCAUAGCAUCGUAGGUGUAGCACCGAAUAGACUUAUAAAGGCACCUCUGUAUAGGACGCAUUCAUUGCGGACUAGUACUAGGCCCCUAAACGCUACUAUCAUUCCCCUUCGGAACGGAAUCGUUAAACGAGCGUCACUGUGCGACGGUGGGCAAAGAUCGUUUCUAGAACCGCGGCCCGGCCCGUCGUACAAACCGAAUGCCGAAAUAGACUUUGACAAACACAUCUUCAAGACUCCAUUUUAAACUGUGAUAUUAGAAAAUUCAUUGUUAUUAUUCCACCGACAGACUAUCUCCAUGUAAUAUUUAAUUAUUUAUUUUAUAGUUAUUGUAAAUGUAAAUAUGAGGACCAAUUCGUUGUAAAUAUUAGUAUAGGUCAAUGUGGGUAUUAUAGAUGGAAGCGUGUAGACAAAUUGGGUACAAAAUUAAACUAUGAUGUCAUUAAUAGUUAUGCAUUUAUUACAAUAUGUUCCAGAACUUAUUUUAGUGAAAAUAUGUACCUAUGGUUUUCUAUGAUCUGUUAUAAUUAAACCAAAACAUACAUAUCAGUAACUUAACGUUUCAUUUCUCACUUAUUUCAAAGAAAAAACAUACAAAAAUAUACCAUAAUAUAAGGAAGUUUCAUAGUUUAUCAUUGACGAUAAAGUGUGUACAAUAAUUAUUAGUG